UGAUGGCAACUUCCACUGACACAUUCUUCCCGUUAUCAUCCUGAAAUAUUUCAACAAAGUGGAUGAUGAGGCACAGACGUUCCACAGGAACGGUGUACAGAUGUAUGAUUAUGUCACUCCUGCUCCUCCACCUAACACCUCCACUCCAAACUAAGUUUGCUCGGCUGCUUUGGUUCACUGAUCUAAAAAGAAAGUGCCCAGCCCAGCAGGAUGAAGAUGGGCCAUACGUCAAGAAGCCGCCAAAUGCCUUCAUGCUCUAUCUCAAAGAGCAGAGGCCAAAGGUCAUUGCUGAACUCAACAUCCCUGGAAAUGCAGCCGUAAAUGCAGUGGUGGGACAGAGAUGGAAGUCGCUUUCAAACGACCAGAAAGCCAGAUAUUUCAAGCAGGCUGAAACAGAAAGACAGAAUCAUGCCAAAGAGCAUCCAGCCUGGUCGACCAAAGAAAACUAUGUAUGUCCAACAAUAAUUUCAUUAUAGACGAUUGGACUGAUUUCAAUUGAAUUAAACUGUUACUCCUGUUAUUUCAACAUCUGUCUUUGUGUAAAUAAAU